UAGUGUUGGGUGUGCAAAUAACAACAUGGAAAAUCAAAUGGGAAGUCAAAUCAAAGUCGAUGAAUCGCAGUUUAAGUCACUUCCGUAUUGGCUUCACGAGAGACUGGGGGAGGUUGCCGCUUGGUGCUGAUCUAACUGCAUGAGCUCUCUACUAUGGCGUGGACUCUGUGCCAAAAUCAAGCUUCCGAACGACCGACCAAUCAAUCGAACGUCAAACCUAACGUCUAUCUGAACGUCUUGUACUUUGAAGUACUAACUCAGCGUGUUGACCCACGUGACGACCUGACGUGACGCCAGCGUCUUGAAAUUAACUGGUUUUUAACCAUGUAAGGUGCCAAGCUGAUGUGUAAAGACUAUAAAUGGACAUUAUAGGCACACUGUAAAAAAACCAACUUGCAAAAAGUUGUUGCAAAAACUAUCAUCUAUUAGUUAACUGGACAAUAAAACUAAAAAAGUUGACUUAACAAGUGGAAAUAAGUUGGUUCAAAAAUUGUCUGAUCAACUUAAUUUGAAUUGUUGAUUGGACAUACAUAUGCAAGUUUACAAGCACACUUGUUGGUUUGGUGGUUGGAGCAUGCGCGCUGUAACAUGCAGACGUUGGAGCUCACGUGGAAUGAUAGCGCCAUUUUGAUCGUCAGUCAAACACGCAGCACGAUACCAUGACAAACUUCAUCUUUUAAUGUAAGUAUCUUUAUUGUUUGGUCUGGUAUUGAAACUAAAGUCAUAAUUAAGUAAUGUAGUGUCACUGGGCAUGCUUAUUUUAAGUCAAGUUUGCACAAACUCAUCAAGGAGAAAAUGUGUCGCAAUCUCGGUUUUAUAUCUUGCACAUCUAACUUCAUGUUUUGCAGUCCUGGCUAUAUUUAUCAGUUAUUGGAAAUAAUGUGCGAUUUUUCAAAGACUUGACUUAAAAUAUAAUCUUAUUACAUCACAGAAAACGCUGUUGGAGCUCACGUGGAAUGAUAGCGCCACAGUACGAGAUCACUACAAACUUUAUCUUUUUAAAAUUCAUCUUUUAAAAAAACGCAGCUGGAGCUCACGAGGAAUGAUAGCACCAUUUUGAUCAUCAGUCAGAUGUGCAGCACGAGACCACGACAAACUUCAUCUUUUAAAGUCCUUCGAGCUUGUGGAAAACAUACAUCCAGAUGUAGUGAUUCUGGAUCCUGAAUCUUUGAAUGAUCUCAAUCCAUUGCAAGCAUAUCAAGUAGCAGGAAAGCUCCUGGUAUCUCUCAAAGUCUUUCUUCUACAUUAAAAGUUUGUCAACGUCUUCCUCCCAGAGCCCCUCAACCAUCGUUCAGAGCCAUAUGAGAAGUACAUUGCAGUGGCCGUCACCUUUUCCAAUUCCUACUUUCUCUUAUGAUGUUGAGUUGAGGCUUCGCAAAGCAAAUGAGGUUUAUGAACAAACAAACAAGACUUUAAGUGUACCAAGAGAAAUGAAGUCACACAUCUUGGAGAAAAUUGCAGAGGCAAUAUUUGCUCUUAAAGCAUACCCACACCCAGAGGAAAUUGAAACUGUUGCUUCUGCACUUGUGUUGAAGCAUCCCUGCCUUACAGAGCCAGGUACGGGCAAAGGAUUUGAUGGGUGGAACAUGAGCCUAAAAUACAAACUUGGCAAUUACAGGUCAAAACUGCGAUCAGCUGGUUGCCACGAAGUUAGUAUCAACAGGAAAAGAGGAGGGGGAGAUGGUGAAGACAAGAGAACUCUGAAAAAGGCAAAACGAGGAGAGGUUAAUUACUUACCGGAUCAUCCUUCAGGCCAGUCUGAUGAUACUCUAGAGGAGGAAAGACUCAUAUUGGUAGAGGAACUAAAGAAGAGGACUAAAAAUGAGAACCUUGUCAGUCAGAAAAUGAGCGUGACAUUUUCACUUCGGCGAAAAGAGAUUGUGGAAGUAGUGCCAAUGGUUUCUGAGGUGCUGGAACGAUGGCCUGCCCUGUUUCUUCCAAAUGAGAUAGGUAAUGAGUUCAAGCGGAUUACCAAUGUGGACCUCCUUGAUACAUUCAGAUCAUCGUUACACCAACAUACACCACAACUUCUGAAGUUGUAUAGAGCAAGACAGGGGGCUUUCGGAAAAGAGAUGGAAGAUCUUCUUAACAAGCUUGAUCAACAGACCUCAAACAUUGUGAAUCAAAUAAAGCAAACAGUUCUGGAAGGUCUCCCUUUGUUUCUUCGUGAAGAUCCUUCUGCACUGUUCAGAAAAUGUCUGGACACAUCUCCACCAGACAGACAGACCAGAGGGAUGAAAAUGGGAAUCCUUGCUGUAAUUGAAGAUGAUGUCGCCCCUAGCGCACUGCCUACCUUUACAAACUUUACUGUUGUUUUGGAAGAGGCGGCAGUUCUGAAAGACAUUUCUGACCUACUAUCUGCUGUUGCAUACCUGUUUGGCCUUAUCUACGCCUUGGACUUUGAGUACCCAAAAGAAAUCAGAUAUUCUUUUGAGGUAAUCGAAAAGGUGUUCAUGGAAAUGGGCACACAUUGCUCUGCAAGGGUACAGUCCUUAAAAACAAAACUCAUGCUGUGAACAUUGAAAUCUUGUGUGUACUCUGAAGUUGAACAGAUAUUAGAUAUCAUCUUGGAGGGAUAGUUCACUGAAAAAUCUAAAUUCUGUCAUAAUUUACUCACCCUCAAGUUCUUCCAAGCUGGUAUAAGUUUCUUUGUUUUGUUGCAAACAAAGGAAGAUAUUCUGAAGAAAGUUUGUAACCAGGCUGCUUUGGGCCACCAUUGACAGGUAUAGAAGUCAAUUGGUGGCCCAAAGCAGCCUCAUACGAAAGGAUUUUUGAACUGUGAAUUGUUGAACUGUUUGGAAAAUUUCAAGACCGUUUGAUGUCAUUAUUUUUGUUGUUUUGGUGUUCUGAAAAUGGGCACGUUCUGCUCUGCAACUGUACAGUCUCAGAAAACUAAACUAGCUGGGAAGGGUGAUAUUUUGUUGUGAGCAUCUUUUUAAUUAAAUAGCAUCUUAAUGUUGAAAUGUUAAAUAAUCAAAGGGAUUGCUAAACCGUUGAAAUGUGAAUGUCUUACAAUGUCAUUUAUUUAAUUUUGUUUGUACGUUUAUUUUUCCUCUUUUCAGAUUCUUUUUUAUUUUAUUUGUAUGUUUUAUUUGAAUUUCAUUUGUAUUUGUAUUUUUUUUUUUUUUUUUUAGUUUGAAAAAUUUUAAUGCUGUUUGCAGUGAAUUUUUUUAAAGAAUAUUUUGACAUUGUUGACAGUCACAGUUACAGUUGUUGAAAGGUGGGCAGACCAUCCAGUGUUUGAACUGCAAAGUUGCAGUUCUAAAAACUCUUUAUUGUACGUUUGUUGGUGUUUUAAGAAUUCUAAGAAAUGGAGUCAAAGCCUUUACAAGUUAAGUGAUACUUCAGUUAUCUUCAGGUUUUUUUUUUUUUUUUUUUUUUUUUUUUUUUUGACAUUUUCCCAGGAUUUCUUUAUUUUUAUUUUGUUGACUUUUUUUUUUUCUUCCUUGUUAGGAAGGAUGUCUAUUAUUUGACUUUAUUAUUCUGAAUAUUGAAAUAAAUACAAACAAUUUGAAGCCUGCAAUUAGUUUUAUUUUAUAACAUUUUGUAAAUGCUACCUAGAACACAACAUCUUAGUCCAUAAAACUCACAGAAUAAAGUUAACAUAACAUAAUUUAUUGAGACACCUCAAAAAUGAAUUACAAGUCUUUUCAAUUAAAAAAACUGUGUUAGCUGAACAAAAAAGAGUCCUUUGACUUCACUCAGUGAUUUAAGUUGAGUAAACAAUUUGGACCAAAGUUGAGUAAACUCAAAAAAGCUGUGCAGCGAGUUGCCUUGAAAUUUUAAGUUAAGUCAACUUUUUAUUUUUUACAGUGCACUAAAUAAAGAUAUUUUACACCUAAAUACUAAAUCCUGGACAUUACAGGCAAUACACAUCUAAAACAACACUAACACAAACAUAUUUCUUUCCUGAAUCCAUGUGCUCCUCCAUUGUUUAACUUUCAAAAAGCAGACUGCACAGACAUUCUAUAUUCUUAAUUUGACCUAUAUUAUCAUUCUAACUUGUUUUUAUUGUUAUUUUAUUGCCUGCUGUACAAUGUUCACAGUCCAUGCAAGACACUCUAAAUUAAUAAAUUGUUAAUUAUUGUAA